AUGCUUCUCUUCAUGUUUUUCCUAAUCCUGCAAACACUAGACUCUGAAUCAGCAGCACCACCACCACCAAAAGCCAAUUGCCAAAUAUACUUUAAUUCCACACUGUCUACAAGCUCCUCAUGGCUUUCCCCUUCCGGCCGCUUCGCCUUCGGCUUCUACCCAGAAGGCAGCGAUGGCUUCAAAGUUGGAAUACACUUGAUAGAGUCUCCUAACAAGACAACAGUCAUCUGGGCAUCAAACAGAGAUGGUUCACCUGUCUCCGAAAAUGCCACUUUAAAGUUUUCAGAAGGAGGUCACAAGCUCCUCGUUGCAACCUCACAAGGCGAAGACCAAAACGUUUCCGUCUUGGAUCAAUCAUCUUCACCUUACUGUGCUUCCAUGCUGGACUCUGGCAACUUCGUCUUCUAUGACUCCAACAGCACUGUUCUAUGGCAAACAUUCGACUCCCCGACUGACACACUAAUGGUAGGCCAGUUGCUGCACAAUGAAACUGACCUCAUCUCAAGUGUGUCCGAAAUGAAUCAUUCCAGUGGGAGGUUUCGGCUCCGAAUGCAAAAAGAUGGCAACCUGCUCAUGUAUCCGGUAGGGACUGAUUUUACCAGUGAGAAUGCCUACUGGUCCGCACAAACAUUCUUCGAGCCAUACUCGCAACUGAACCUCGGCCAGGAUGGAACCCUCUUCCUUUCAGAUAACAAUCAAUCACAGAUACGAAAUUUAACACAAGGUGACCAGAGCUACAACCCAAAUACCGUUCAUCUUGCGAGGAUUGAACCAAAUGGAAUGCUGCAUGUAUAUGCUUAUGAUUUAUGGGAGAACACCUCUGAAGUUUUAGCUACAUUUCCAGAUGAACAAUGCAAGGUGAAAGGCAUAUGCGGGUUCAACAGUUACUGCACUUUAUCUGGAGAAAAGCCGGCGUGCUUGUGUUUGCCUCAUUUUGAUUAUGUCAAUGAUGAGGAUACUCAGGCUGGAUGUCAAAGGAACUUCAUUUCUAGUACCUGCGUUGGUGUUGGUGAUAAUGAUACAUACUACAACACCACCAUGGAUGAUGUGAAGGAUGUCCAGUGGCUAACAGAGUUUCCAUUUCCCACGUUAAAAUUUACCAGCAAAGACGAUUGUAGACAAUCAUGUUUGGAUGAUUGCUAUUGUGACGUUGCAAUAUACAAUGGAAAUGAUAAUAGUUGCUCCAAACAAUCACUCCCUUUGAAGUAUGGAAAUAAAAACACCAGCACGAGCAAUCCGAAUUUAACCUUCAUCAAGCGAACUGAACGCAGGGACACUACUGCUGGGGGCUUUGAUGUUGUUUUUAGAGUCAAGAAAGAGUUGAGUGGUGGACCUCUGAUAGUGUUCAUAGCUGUUAUUUCUGGGUUGAUCAUCUUCAUCCUUGUCUUUGUUUUCAUCGUAUUCAACUGUCAAGUUGGAAGGUAUAGAAUGACACGGAUCAGAAGCAAAGAGCUGGCCUUGACUGAUGAGAUUGCACCGAUAUCUUUCUCUUACUAUGAGUUGUAUGAGGCUACUGAAGGCUACAAGGAAGAGGUGGGGAAGGGAGCCUUUGGGACUGUGUUCAGAGGCACCUUACCGAGCACCGGGAAGUUGGUGGCUGUGAAGAGACUUGAGAAGGUGGUGGAAGAGGGUGAAAGAGAGUUCCAAACAGAGAUGAAGUCAAUUGGAAGAACACACCAUCGAAAUCUUGUCCGAUUACUCGGCUUCUGCAAUUAAGGGACCAACAGGCUUUUAGUGUAUGAGUUCAUGAGCAACGGAUCACUGGCUGACCUCAUCUUCAAGCCUGAUCAUCAAAAUAGGCCUCCUUGGAAGGACAGGUCGAGAAUUGCAUUGGAUGUGGCCAGAGGGCUUCAAUAUCUGCAUGAGGACUGCGAAACGCACAUCAUCCACUGCGACAUAAAACCACAGAACAUUCUAAUGGAUGAGAACUGGUCUGCAAAGAUAUCGGACUUCGGGCUGGCCAAACUAUUGAUGCCUACUCAAACAAGAACAUUCACUGGGAUCAGAGGAACAAGAGGGUAUCUAGCGCCAGAAUGGCACCAGAAUGCACCUAUAACUGUGAAGACAGAUGUUUAUAGCUUUGGUAUUGUGCUGCUAGAGAUCCUGUGUUGCAGAAAGAACAUGGAGUUGGAGACUGAGGUAGAUGAAAUCAUACUUUCACAAUGGGUUUACAGUUGCUAUCUUGCAGGGGAAUUAGAGAAGCUGGUUCGUGAUGAAGUAGACAUGGUGGAGUUUGAGAGGGUGGUGAAAGUGGCGCUCUGGUGCAUCCAAACUGAUCCAACUCACCGUCCUUCUAUGAAGAAUGUGAUCAUUAUGCUGGAGGGGCUUGCAGAAAUCUCCUCCCCUCCACAUCCAUAGCUACUUAACUCAAUUUUCGUUAUAAUUAGCACUUUGUGUUUUGUAUAUCUUAAUCUGCCUUGUUAGAAGUUUGUGUUGUAGCAGUUACCAGAA